AUGGGGGAAUCAUUCAUAAGUUCUACCGCCUCUCUUCAAGAAAGUAUAUAUAGGUAUGUCGAGGAAAACGGUCGGACGUAUCAUGCAUAUAAGUCGGGAAAGUAUGUCCUCCCCAACGAUGAUGCUGAGCAAGAAAGAUUGGAUUUACAACAUCAUCUUUUUUCUUUGUCAUUUGAUGGGGCUUUACAUCUUGCUCCACUUCCUUCUGGACUACACAACGUUUUAGAUAUCGGGACUGGAACCGGUUUGUGGGCGACAGAGUUUGCUGAACAAUAUCCUUCAGCUCAAAUUAUCGGCACAGACCUCAGUCCCAUUCAGCCAAUAUACGUACCCCCAAACUGUAGCUUUGAAGUAAAUGACGCUGAAGAACCCUGGACAUACUCUCACAAAUUCGACUACAUACACGGUCGAGCCAUGUUAAGCUGCUUUAGCGAUCCCGCCGGCUUAAUAACCUCCGCCUACGAAUUCCUCCGCCCAGGCGGCUACCUUGAAAUGCAAGACCCACAAAUGCCCAUCUUCGGCAUUGAUUCCUCCAUAACAGGUACCGCCCUUGAGGAAUGGGGCCGAGUGUCAUGUCUCGCGGCUGAGCGUCGCGGCCGUAAACUAACCAAUUCAAAACACUAUGGCCAAUGGAUGGCCGAAGCGGGAUUCGUAGAUAUCGUUGAGAAACAUUUUUAUUGGCCUUGUAAUACGUGGGUUAAGGGGGAAAAGGAAAAACUGCUGGCGAUGUGGACGCAGCAGAAUGUGUUAGAUGGUAUCCAGGGAAUUACGAUGCGAAAUUUGACGGCAGGUUUGGGUUGGAGUCCAGAACAGGUAGAACUGUUCCUGGUGGAUGUUAGGAAGGAUGUGAAAAAUAGGAGGAUUCAUUCUUAUAUUGAUGUAGUUGUGUUUUAUGGAAGGAAACCAGGGCCGGGAGAUCUUGCAAUGGGAGUCAGUGUUGUAUGA